CAUUUGUAGCAUUGAGGGUCUCUUUCACCAAUCUUCGGUUAAGCUAACUGAUGGUUAACUCGACCAUCACGAUUAUCAAUGCCUGAGAACUAAAUUGUUUAUUAUAGAUAAGUGUUCUCAUAACCUUUAUUUGUGUUUUAUAUUCUUGUGUUUAUACUUGUUUGUAAUUACAAUUUCAUCUACCUACCACACGUACCUACAACACGAAAAGAAUAUUAGGUUAAAAAACACUUGCACUACUUUCUAAGCAUUGAAUUACAAUUGGCACUUCUACGGGUUAACCGUCGAUUAAUUUAACCAAAGAUUGGUGAAAGAGACCCUGAGUGAUCCGCACCCUAUAAAGAUUUCGCAACACUUCUCGUGAAAAGUUUGGGAAUACAAACAACACGAACAAAUAUUUCAGUAUUUUACAUCACACAUGAAAUGUGACAUGAACGAAGACGAUAAAAAUCAGUAAAGAUACAAAACAUAAGAAGAACAAGGAUAGGAGGAGUUUUGUUAACCUCAUAAAUAUUUUAUCAUUUGUUCAGAAAAAAUUGCAAGCAUGUCUAUGCGACCUGAUGAUCAUCGGAGAAAAUGGAACCGAGAGGAAUACGAAAGGAUUGCACUUCAAAGAUUACAAGAUGAGAUUGCUGAGGAAGAAUUAGGAAUUCCCAAGCAACCAGCAGUUAAAAGAGAAUUGCUAAAGCAACGAGAUUAUAAAGUUGAUCUUGAAUCUAAAUUAGGAAAGAGUGUUGUCAUUAAUAAAAAUACUCCAUCAUCACAAACUGGAGGGUACUACUGCAAUGUUUGCGAUUGUGUUGUUAAAGAUUCGAUCAAUUUCUUGGAUCAUAUUAAUGGAACAAAACAUCAACGUAAUUUGGGCAUGUCCAUGAAGAUAGAACGAUCCACGUUGGAACAGGUUAAGGCAAGAUUUGCACAAAACAAGAAAAAACUUGAAGAAAAAAAGAAAGAUUAUGAUUUAGAACAGAGAGUGAAGGAACUGAAGGAAGAGGAAGAAAAAAUCAAAGAAUAUAGGAAAGAAAAACGAAAGGACAAGAAAAGAAAAAUUGAGGAAUUGGCCGAGGAUGAUGCAGGACCCUCUGAUGAGAUGGCCGCAAUCAUGGGAUUCUCUGGUUUCGGCUCGAAAAAAAAGUGACAAACUACUUCUGCCAUGAACAAUCUUUAUUACUUUGAGGAAGAUCGCUCGAUAUGAUUUGGAGACAAGUGGAAAUGAGUAAAUAGCGAAUAGUCUUGAUUUCGCUGUUUGAAAUUUAAAAAAAUGACUUGUACAUUUGUGAUAUAAUUUUUCAUUUUUCCAUCACUUUUACAAAAGUUCUAUGUUUGAGAUAUGCGAGGGGAAGGAAAGUAUCAAUUAUAAAUCCGACCAAGCCCAACACAUCGUAUGAGCUUAAACUAAGUAUUUUAACUAAGGUUAAUUAAUAUUAAUUAAAAUUAUUUGGGUACAAAUUCGUAAUACAAAUAUUUUAAGCAUAUCUUGAAAAUUGUAUGAUAUCUUUGACGAACUCCUUUACUGUGAAAGUACAGGAUUUUAUGUUUGUAGUGAAUGAAAAUGCGUGUGUGUUAUCCAUGUAUUGAUAAAAUUCAUGAAUUAAUCUAAACAAGA